AUGACUUUUCAUCAUAAGUGGAAUGAGAAGUCCUCCAGAACAACGACUGAUACAGUAGAUCUCUACGAAUGUCUAAAUAAGUCGAAAAAGUUUACGACACCAGAUUUCUUAGAAGAACAGAACGACAUAAUGAUUGAAAUAACAGCAAAAUCUUGGGAACCAUCCAUAGGAUCAAAAGGAAUGAAGAAUAUAUUUGAUAGGUUGAGUGAGAAGAAGAAGCCAACGAGUUCCCCAAGAAGUAUUCUUGUAAGAAAUAAUGAGAAGUUCAUACAGAGGCUAUACGAAAUAUACGUCAUAGCCUCUGAGGUAAAUUCUAUUCGAACGAAGAAUGUCACUCAACAGAUCUUCAACGGAAUGCAAAUAGUUCCCACAUUGGAAUUCUUCACUCUAUCGAAGAUUCCUUGCUUUGAUCCUCGAAUUGUGUUGAAUGCCCCAGCCUACAAGCCACUCUAUGAGUUUCCAAUCAUGAAAGAAAUGAAAAGUCGAUUCAGUACAGGCAAUAAUUCCGUAAUAACUGGAAUUUCAAAUGGUCAGGUUCUCCUUCAAAACUCUACCAGUUCCUCCGUUUAUUGCUCUGAACUGGCUGCUCAAGUAGCUAAGGAAUACCACACCGAAAACUCCCAUCAAGUAUUGAACAUAGUUUGCAAGUUUGGAGAAGAUGACUGGAAUAUGAUGAUUGCCCAUGCUGUUGCUGCCCUGUUCAUGUGCCCUAUUUGCUCAAAGCACAUUCUUUACCAGUUCUCCAAGUUGCACUUCGAACAAGAGCGAGAUGCCCAACGCUGGUCAGAGAAACUUCAUGUUGUGAUCUCAUCUGUGAAUGAACCGAUUUCAAGGAAAUUUUUGGCUAGGCAUAUUCAAACUUCUUCCGACCAAAUGUAUGUGGAUCCAUCCACUUGGCUCAUUGAUUCCAAUCAAGACGUUAAAGAUUUCUUAGAUACAUCUUCUAUGGAGAUGCUCUCUCAAUUUCCCUAUGAAGUGUUUGGCUCAUCUGUCCCGAAACUUCAAACUCAAGAAAUCAUAUUGAACGAACAUGAUGAAUUAUUUCACGAAGAUAGAUCAGCACACGACGAUGCCUUCGCUAGUCUAACUAUGAAAAAAGCUGGGAAUGAGGAAGAGAAUGAGGAUUUAUAUGUUACCGAUGUCUCCGUAUUACUGAAUGAUACAGGGAGUGCGGAGAGAAGCAAUCAAACAUCCCAAAAUCCUUCUUUGCCUAUCGAAGAUUCCAUGUCAGAUUCUUCAGCCUUCUCGCCUUCGAUCUGCUUAGAUAACUUGAAAACCAAGAAGAGCGUAGUAGAUCUCACAAUCACCCAGAUUGAGAAAAGUCUUUCGACAACAGACAUGAAUGAAACAAAACGCAAAUUGAUGAUUGAACAAUUGAAACUUCUCGAAAAAUAUAUCGAAUGUAUUACAGAAGAGAACUAUGAGCUCCUUCGUUGUCUGAGCCAUUGA